AUGCUGGACACUCCAAGCCCCACGUUAGUUUCUAACGAAUCCACACCCUAUAUCAAUGAUGUUCACAAUUUCUACGUUACUUUUUACGACGUGCCCACUGGCAAAUAUCUAAAUGACACGGGCAAUUCCACUGAGGUGUAUCAAUCCUUUAUUUUACCAUGGUGGCGCCAAGUACUGUGGACGGUGUUGUUCGGUUGUAUGGUGAUAGUGGCUACCGUCGGGAACCUUGUGGUAAUUUGGAUAGUUCUUGCAAAUAAGCGAAUGAGGAGCGUCACUAAUUACUUUUUAGUAAACUUGUCAGUCGCCGAUGCUAUGGUAUCAACUUUAAAUGUCACCUUUAACUUCACCUACAUGUUGUAUUCAGAUUGGCCAUUUGGUCAUUUCUAUUGCAAGUUUAAUCAAUUCAUUGCUGUAGUGAGCAUAUCCGCGUCUGUAUUUACGUUAAUGGCAAUAAGUAUAGAUCGAUAUGUGGCUAUCAUAAGUCCUUUACGACCCCGACUUGGAAAACGUGCAACUCUUGGUAUUGCAGCAGCGAUUUGGGCAGGAAGUUCCAUUCUCAGCAGUCCAAAUAUUGCAUACUUUACAACGGAAGUAGAUAUAUUACCUGAUGGAACCACAAGGCGAGUGUGCUUUCCUGAGUGGCCUGAUGGAAUUACUACAAGAUCUCGUCUCGAAUAUCUGUAUAAUGUAGCAUUUAUGGUAUUGACCUACUUCCUUCCAAUUAUUUCGAUGACAUACACCUACGCGAGAGUUGGAGUGGAGCUAUGGGGAUCUCAAUCUAUCGGAGAAUGUACUCAACGACAAUUGGAUAAUAUUAAAAGCAAGAGAAGGGUCGUAAAAAUGAUGAUUGUAGUCGUCGUAAUAUUCGCGGUGUGUUGGCUGCCGUUUCAUGUUUACUUCGUUGUGACGUCAUACUACCCAGACGUCGUGAACUACCCUCACAUACAGGAGAUUUAUCUUGGCAUUUAUUGGCUGGCUAUGAGUAACUCAAUGUAUAAUCCGAUCAUAUAUUGCUGGAUGAAUUCAAAGUUCAGACGAGGAUUUAAACAAUUCUUCUGGUGUUGUGGUGCGUUAGGCAACGAUGGAUUAAGUAGACACCGAGGUUUUGGAACUGAACAAUUGGACAGAUCACUUCGCUCACUUUCACCAAGUCGAAAGAAUGGAACAAGUACGAUUCGGAUCUCGAUGCAUAGCACGUACAACAAUACGUUGCUCGGUAGCACCUGA